AUGGCUCGCCCCGAAUUCAGCCAUCCAGUUUUACGGAUGAUGGGCAUUCCCCGGCUGCGUGUGCCCAGUAGAAACUGGUCUAUUUUCUGGGCAUUGACUGCAGGUAUUGGUGGCGGCGUUUGGUACGACCGCCGCGAGCGCAGACGAGUGCGACAGGAGUGGAAAGACAAAGUGGCCCAUCUGGCUAAUGCGCCCAUCUCAGCCCUUGAACUUCCCCGUAAGGUCACUGUGUACGUUGCACCCCCUCCUAAUGACUAUCUGGAUGUCUCGCUGAAGCACUUUAGAGACUAUAUCAAGCCCAUUCUCACUGCUGCAGCUGUAGACUACGAGCUAAUUGAAGAAACCCAACAGGGCACCAUCCGCUACAACGUUGCUGAGAGUAUUCGUAACGAGCGACGAGAGGCUGCAGGACACCCCACAUCCGGCUACCAAAAGGAUGAUCUUGACCACAAGAUUGAUUCCCGGGUCGCUCGUGAUCUCACGGGCGGCGUUCUUUGUGUAGGCCGCGGUGCCUAUAAAGAGUACUUGUCUGGCCUGCAGGAAGGCUACAUGGGACCACUUGAAGAGCCUGAGUUUGUCAAAGAAGAGAUAGAACGCAGAAAGGCUGCUGCAUUGGCCAAGGCCGAAGAGGAGAAGGCCAAAGCUGAACCUGCCCCCGAGGCCAAGCCUGCAGCUGAUAAUGCAUCUGAGCCUGCAGCAGAUGAGAAGCCGGUGGACACAAUUGAAUCUGCAAGUGCUACUGAGGAAACUGCUGAGAAGAAGGCCCAAGACAAAGAGCCCCGCGUCCCAUCCUGGUUGCGUGCCGAACACUACGACGAAGCCAAGGUGGACGAUCUGUUUUUCUCAGCCAAACUCGAGCCCAUUGGUGUUUUCCGUCACCCCCACUUACUCGGCUUCCUCAACACACCAUGGCGUAUUGUCCGCUAUUUCAAUCAAAGAAAACUGGCCAACGAAAUGGGCGAGCUUACUGCCGCUGUCGUUUUCAACCAGACCAGGCCGUUCACCCCCCAAGACAUUGAUCUCGCACUAAGUGACGAGCAAGAUUGGCCCAACUCAUGGAAGCAAAACGGUCGCGAUGCCAACUCCGAGUGGAUGCGGGAGUUAAAGGUAGAUCCUCGUAUUAUGCCUCGUUUAGAGGUGUACGACCCCAAGGCACCCAGACCUAAGUAA